AUGGAGUGUUGGACUGCGGUAGUGUUGACACGUGUCCGGGCAGCAGGCUGUCAGUCGCAGUCUUGUUCUCUCCACUUUGCUCGCAACAUCCAGGCGGUUAGCUAUGUGACAGAGUGGCUGCUGCUGCUGUAUCCCGGAUCCCCCUCCCUGCGUCCCGGUCUUCCCGAGUCCGGCGUCCGCUCAGGAUGAUGGAUCACAGGAGGACCGAACCGGACCACAACACCGGCAUCAGCCUGGUCACUCUGUACGGGGAAUACACGCUCACUAGUAACCGAAAAGUCAGGUGCUCCGUGAACCUGACCGAGAAGGAGCUCGUCGUCCAGCGGCUCACGUCGGCACCUGUCGGGCGGAACAAGGUGACGCUCAGCCUGAAGGAGUGCAUCGGCUGCCGGGCUUACCGGGAAGAUGACAACGCGGACCCGGCGGCGUACCUGGCCGCCUACUUCUACCCGCUGCGGCGACGCUGGAUGAGUUCCGGGGUCUCGCGCCAGAGAGUGGAGCAGUGCUUUCGGCUCGCGGCGCUCCAAGACCCGCGCGCCAACCUGGAGGAAGCGGAGAAGUGGGCUCGGGCCGUCCGAGAACGCGCUGCCCGGCAACAGCAGCUUAGAGACGGGGUGUUGUUGAGUGAGCUGUCCCGUCCAUGCCGGAUGAUGCUGCUGGUGAACCCACAGAGUGGGAAGGGACAGGCGCUCAUUCUGUACAACAACCACAUCCAACGGAUGUUCAACGAGGCCGGUAUCAUACACACUCUGGUUAUUACUGAGCGGCAGAAUCACGCCCGGGAGUUGGUGAAAGAGGCCGACCUGUCGCAGUGGGACGCUUUAGUCAUCAUGUCAGGAGACGGACUUCUGUAUGAGGUGAUAAACGGUCUGCUGGAGAGACCAGACUGGGAGGAGGCCAUCCGGACACCGCUGGGUAUCCUUCCUGGUGGAUCGGGCAACGCCUUGGCUGCCUCCGUACAUCACUAUUCAGGAGCAUCUCCAGUGUCCAGCGAGGAGCUCCUGGUCAGCUGUGGGUUCCUGCUCUGUAAAGGCCUGGUGUCCCGCAUGGACCUGGUCUCCAUCCAUCUGUCCUCCAGCCCUCGUCUCUUCUCCUUCCUCUCUCUGGCCUGGGGCUUUGUGGCUGACGUCGACAUAGAGAGUGAGAAGUAUCGUCACGUCGGGGCCGCCCGGUUCACCGUCGGCACGCUGGUGAGGCUGGCUUCUCUCCGCGUCUACAAAGGCAGGCUGGCCUACCUGCCCGCCACCAAGGACCACAACAACCAGCAGGGUUUGAGAAAUAACAUGACAGUGCACUGCAACAACCAGGCUUCCUCCCUGACUCCACCUCCUGUCCUGUGCCGACCGUCCAGAGACCCCUCCUGCCACAACACCUUCCACAACUCCUGCCACUCCAACAACUCCCUCAAAGUGAGGAGGUCAGAGAGCACGCCUUCCCGAAGCGCCACCAAAGCCCCCUCCGGCCCCCCCGACUCCCUGCUGGUGCCUCUGGACCAGCCGCUGCCUGCAAACUGGGUAGUGGUUCCGGAGGAAGACUUUGUCCUCAUGCUGGCCAUGUACCAGUCCCACCUGGCCGAAGACCUCCUGGCGGCACCGGACGCCGUCUCGGAUGACGGAGUCAUCCACCUUUUCUACGUUAGAGCGGGAAUAUCUCGCACCGCGCUGCUGAGGCUGUUUCUAGCCAUGGAGAAGGGUGCACAUCUGGCUACUAACUGCCAACAUCUGGUGCACACGAAGGUGAGAGCACUGAGGCUGGAGCCGUACUCACCCAAAGGGAUAAUAACGGUGGAUGGAGAAGUGGUGGAAUACGGUCCACUGCAGGCAGAAGUACACAGAGGCCUGUCGAGAUUAAUCACUGGAUGACCUGAACGAGCAGCGCUGCCAGCUUUCAUCUCUGCUGUUUGAGGCUGAUGGUGUUGAUUAAACACAGUCUAGCAUUUCAGAUCAGAAAGGUCCAGGUACGGGAGCAAAGCAGUGGAUGUAAGACUCUUUUCCAUUCAUCUGCAAACUGAUCCUCUCAGCAGCAGACAGGAAAAACACGUUUCAUCUGAAGAUGCUGUGAUGUUGGGCGAGAUGUUACAAGAGAGCCACAGUGUUCAAUAUUAGAUGAAUGAAUCAUUUCCUGUGAAAGAAAUCAUCAUAGAAACAAAUUUAGGAUGAAUAUACGGUAAUCAGAAAGCUUUUUUGCUUUUUAGAGUUAUCCAAGCUUCUUUUCACAAUAAGAGCAUUUAUUGCAGGUAUUUUGUGUUUCUAAAGGUCACUUUUCCAACAUUUGUCUUUCAGACUGUAUUUCACACAGUCUGUAUCUGGGAAUCAAAUUUACAUCCUGAAAUAGAUGCUUUUUAUGUUUUUGUCUUGUGUUCAAAAUUUUUAAAAUGCAUCAUCUCUCAUCAGGACUUUUCAGAUUUUUUGAUGAAAACUCAAACAUACACUACCAGUCCAAAGUUAGGACAUAACUUCUCAUUCAAUGGUUUGUAUUUAAUUACUUAUUUUGUACUUUGGAGAUUAUUACUGAAGACAUCAAAACUAUAAAAGAAUGCAUAUGGAAUUAUGCUGUAAACAAAAAAGUAUUAAUCUUCAGUAUUAAUCUACAGUGUAGGAAAUAGUACAAAUAAAUAAAAAGCACUGAAUGAGAAGGUGUGUCCAGACUUUUGAUUGGUAAUGUAAUCAACAUUAAUGUUCACAAAAAGGAAAAAUUUGAGCAAAACUGCUGGAAAAAGUAGCUAAAACCUGCAAUAAACUCUGUUACCGUGGAAAGAAACCGGAUUUAAUGCUGUAAUAUUGAGCCAGGCCUUGGAUCAGUGGAUUAAUAAUUCAUUUAUAAUUAUUAUAAUUUAAUGACUCUAUUUAUUAAAUGUUGAACACUGUAUCUGUGGGCUGUAUGAACGUCGGCCUCACUGAAGGCAGAACACAAACACACGACAGAUAGCUGACGUGUUUCAUCACCUCGUCGUAAAGAGUUUAACCUCCACAGAAAGUAAAUCCAUCAGCGUCUUUCACCUUUCAUCUCGUUCACAGCUGCGGAGACAACUAUGUUUCUCACACAUAUCAGACAGAAUUACAGCAUCUUAUGCAACAGCAAAGGAUUUGAUUGUUUUUGCCUCGUGUGUGUGUGUGUGUGUGUGUGUGUGUGUGUGUGUGUGUGUGUGUGUGUGUGUGUGUGUGUGUGUGUGUGUGUGUGUGUGUGUGUGUGUGUGUGUGUGUGUGUGUGUGUGUGUGUGUGUGUGUGUGUGUGUGUGUGUGUGUGUGUGUGUGUGUGUGUGUUGCAGAGAUGUCAUCACGGCGUUGUCAUUUACGACUGUUUUAUUGAACACGGAAAGCCUCAAAUAAUCGGUUAAGGCCAAAAGUCUCAACUUAAUACUUCACUGAUGCGUUGUUGAGUCUGUGACAAUAAUCCGCUCUGACGUGGGGCAGUUAGUGACAUGAAGUCGGCUGAGCCUCCACUUUUUACUCCAGUGUAAAUAACACCAACCCCUACAGAGCACAUGUAAUAUUUAUUUUCACAUAUCGAAGCUACUUGAGGUCGCCCUGCAGCUUGUUUCUUGUGCCUGGUUUCCCAUCAGAGGCUGCGUUUGUCGUGUCGCUUCACCCUGAGCACCAGACGGCUUCAGAUCUCGUUGCCUUAAAGUCUUGAUGGCUCCGUCCUGUUUCACAAAAGCAGUUUGCGAGCUCCUAACGAUGCCAGCAUCGCGUCUAACAAAUGAUUGUCGCUCGCAAAUUACAGAUAAAUUUGCAAUAUUCCUCUUUUUCGUCCCCACCGGGGUCACAAUCACGGUGUUUGUUUUGGUGAGUUAAAAGCUUAAAUGAGAGAAAAUGAUCUCACGCUGACAGUUGCAGCUUGUGUGUUGUGAAUUUAAUGUAGAUGCAAUGUUUCUGUAAAGGAAGAAUCCACCGUAAAACAUUUAAACACAGUUUAAAGGGCUGCUACGCUUAAAUUUGACAAACAAAAGCGACAUAUUUCCUCACACGCCACUAAUGCCAGGUAGACAAUUACAAUGAUUUAUUGUAAUGCAAAUGUUUAUUGGCAAAAUUGAAUCAAAACAGCAAAAAAACUUUACUGGUGGAAGAUUUGUUUGUAGCUUUACUGGCAAUUUGAGGCUUGAAUAAGUCCAAGUUUUCUCAUUUUUCCACCAGUUUUGCUUUUUUGCUGUCAAAAUCAAAGUCGUUUUCUUAAAGAAUUAGCUACUUGUAGAGCCCGACUGAUAUAUUGGUUGGCCAAUAUUUUCUGCUUGUAUUGGCACAGCUGUAUCUGUUUCAAAGCAUAUGUUAUGUGGAUAUGAUAAUAAGAAGAACAGAAAAUAGUGUCAUCACAUAGUUUGUCCAGCAAAGCAGCUCUGUUGUCUCCUCUCAAUUGUGUGUGCAGCACAUGCAGCAGAGUGGUCUGUAGCUGAGCAGAUGGUGGUGCGGAGUCAGCCGGUGUCUUCACAUUAAAUCACUAAUUUGUGAAAUACAGUGAUAGAAAAGUUAACAAACCAUGACCCCAUCGUGUUUGCUUUUCAACAUAACUCUAACAUACCAUGAUGUAAAAAGAUAUCCGAUCAGACUCUAAUUAGUAGUAAUUUAAUUUAUUUUAAAUCUCUGAGAUUUCUGUCCCCACAGCGCUCACUAAAUGCAGAUUUGUUUGUUGUGCUUCCAGUUAUGAAAAAAAUCAACAAACCUCACAGAUGUCGGUUUAUAUCAGGACUUCACAGUGACGUCUGUGGAUC